AUGAGAACUCAUAUCAUAACAAAGUCGUACAAAUCAAAUUUUGAAAGCAAUAAAGAUUGUCGGGAGAUUGAGAGAUUGACCAAGAUCAUUAAGAGGUUGGUCAAUGUUGUUAAGAGGUCGAUCAAAACAUUAGAGAGGUCAAUCAAAGUGAAAGAUAGGGCUCACACCAUAGGAACAGCUCAUUGCAGCUCAUUCAGGGAUAGGUUUCAACAAGACUCCAAGGGAAAGCUCACACUGAUUGACAAAAGCCUUGAUAGUAGCUAUGCAAAUGAGCUAAUGAAAGAGUGUCCCUUAAGUGCAAGCCCAUCAAUGUUAGUAAAUAAAGAUCCUGAAACUUCCAUGGUUUUUGACAACCAGUACUACAGAAAUCUUGUCAACAACAAGGGGUUGUUCCAAUCUGACUCUGCCUUGCUAAGUGACAACAGAACAAGGAGAUUGGUGGAGGACUUGGCAAAAGAUCAACAGUUUUUCUUUCAAAGUUGGGGCCAGUCUUUCUUGAAACUCACUACUAUUGGAGUCAAAACUGGUGAUGAGGGUGAAAUUAGGAGCUUCUGUGCAUCAACUAAUGCAUGA